GAGACGGUCUGCGGUCGGCCAUUCACAUUAUCAACCUUACCGUAGCCCACACCCACAAACAAUAGACAGUUGCUCGCUGUCAGGUGCUUUACCACAAACACCGACUUCCAGCUCUCGCAACAAUUGCAAAAUCCUACCGCCAUGGCUUCGCCCACUUCCCAUAGUCCGCCGAAGGAGGCCCCAGAGUCCUCUUCGCAAGACUCCGUCACGGCUCAAGAGUAGCUAUCCCUUCCUUGAGGGAGCUCUCAUCAGAUACUAUCAAACUAAUUCCGCACAGCUAUAUAGACUCUCAAUUGCAACUCGAGCUGGACGCAAGAGAGGCAAUGCCUUACUCCUUCGACGUCUGCACAAAUCCCCUCGGUUCGCUUCGCCAGCCAGUAUUCUCUUGUAAAACCUGUCACCCCAAUAUCGCUUCGCCUCCUGGCUUCACAAAUCUUGUUUCCACCGGCGCAGCCGCUAUCUGCUAUAGCUGCUCGAUCUCUUGUCACGGUGAUCACGAACUGGUCGAGAUAUUCAACAAGCGGAAUAUUGUUUGUGAUUGUGGGACUGAGAAAAUUGCCGUCCAGUGCACGCUUCGCAAGGUUAAAGGGGAGAAGAUAGAUUUACCCAAGGGGAAGGUGGGAAAUAAGUACUGCCACAACUUCUGGGGGAAGUUUUGCGCUUGCGAUGAAGAUUACGAUCCUCAUAGUGAGCGGGGUACCAUGUACCAGUGUUUACUUGGUGACGUUUGUGGGGAGGAUUGGUUCCAUGACAGGUGUAUUAUGGGGCUGCCGAAAGUGAGAGAGGGCAUUACAGCUGGUUCGGAAACUAUGGCGGUGGGAAAGGCGAAAGUGAGCGGCGAAGGCGAAGGGCAGCCGGAGGGCUAUGAUCCUGAGGACGAGGACGACGACUUGCCCGAAGGAUUUCCCACGGAAGAAUUCGAACACUUUAUCUGCUGGCUGUGCGUCGAAAAGAAUCCUUGGUUGGGACGAUACUCUGGCACCCCUGGGUUUUUGGGUGCGGUAUAUAAACAAGGAUCCUUGCAACAGACCAACCCAGGCGUCCAGAACUCUGACGGAACAAAAUCUGUCAAUGGUAGUAGAGUUGAAAACAGCAACGGGAAAAAGAGAAGAGUUGAUGAUGGCGAUGGGGAGGCUCUCCGGAAGGAUUUCAAGAGGGCCAAAUCUCCGGAGGUCUCCAUAGUCCUGACCGGUUUCAAUUCGAAUGCGGAGCCCGUAUCUACUCCAGCAGAACCAGAAGCAAAGCCAUGCAGCUACGAGACUCUCCCGCCUCCGCAGCCAACUACAAGGCCCUUUUCCAUAUUCCUCAAAGAAGACUUCCGCGGUUAUCUGUGUCGUUGCGGCUCCUGUCUCCCGCGACUCUCGCAACACCCUAUCCUUUUGGAAGAAGAGGAGACCUACGAACCGCCCCUUGAUGAUGAUGACAAUCAGAGUGUUCGCUCUGGUGGUUCCCUAUUGGACCUUGGAGAGAAGGCGCUCGUGUCGGUCGAUCGAGUCACCGCCAUAAACGGAGUGCUUGCAUACAAUAAGCUCAAAGCUGAAGUCAAGAAUUUCCUCAAGCCUUUUGCGGAUAACAGACAGCCCGUCAGCACUGAAGCAGUCAGGAACUACUUUGCAGAGUUGAGGGGUGAGGCACCUAUUCACGGCGGCGGCGGCGGCGGUGGCGGGCCGGAUGGUGACGGGGACAAUAGGCGUGAGCAGAGCGGCAAGUCUUACCUCCACUUUAGAUCGGAUCACUUCUCACGCUAA